UUUUAACCCCCACAGCGCUCGAUACCUUUGGUGUUCAGUGAAGCGGACUGUGAGUUUCAGUAUGUUCUCCCUAACGUCGACAAUUUUAAUGGCGAUAAUCGGUUACUGGCUCCAACUGUCUAUGUUCCUCUCCUCUGCAGUACCCAGGUGGGUGCAGGACAUCGGCAAUGUGUUCCAUAACACUGCAGUUGCCAACGCCAUAAUAACCAUCUCAGCAGUCUCUGGCCUCACCUUUGCCAUGGAUUUUAACACUGAUCUGACCUAUGCAGCCGCUGCCCUCACCAUCAUUUACGCACUCUGUUUCACUAUCUCAAUUAACAUCAUUCCAAUUUCAAUCUUUUUCAAUCGCUCCCUCGGACACUUGCUUGUUAUCAUGGUGGGAAUCAAUCUCAAUCUUCUCCUUUUGGCUUUCAUACUCCAUAUGAUUAUUUUGCUUCCCCAUGUAAAGGAUAUAUGCUCAGAGGAUGCUGAGCACUUGUUGAGAGAGAGGCAUGUCUUAUUAUUGGGCCCGUGUUUCUACUUAAGCCAUCUUUUAAAUGGAUGUUAG